CCAAUGAGUUGCAGGUGGCAGUAAAUGGGUUAGUUAUUACAGGAUACAGACAAGCUGGGACUUAACUAACUCUUUCUCAAACUCACAAACAGUUUAUGAUGUAUACUUUUCAUCCAGGCAUUGUUUUUUACAGUUUACUUUUAAUUUAUAUAUCUGUGUUCGUCUCUUAUUCCUCUUUGACUCUCGUAUAAAUAUGCAUCAAGGAGCCCUGGAUUAGGGGCAAGGAUCCUUUUCUAAAGCUCCACGUGUGUGUGUGUGUGUGUGUGUGUGUGUGUGUGUGUGUGUGUGUGUGUGUGUGAGAGAGAGAGAGCGAGAGAGUGCAUACAUGCUAGAGUAUGCGUGUUUGUGUCUUAAGCCAGGCAAAGCAGAAUACGGCCUCCUGUAAGCCCAGGCAUGAGUGAUUUGUGUGAUUGGGUUUACAUCGCGUUGAUAGGCGAUGCCUUGGACACUAGAUGACCAGACGCUCCACGGACAAGGCAAGCUGUCCUGCUAAAAAUAUCAAGUUUGUUCCAUCACUGAGUGUCUCAGAGGACGAUCCGUUUGUGGAGAAGAUCCAAGAUUCUUGUAACUGUUGUGGUGGCCACAUCCUGCUUGAACACAUCUCUCUCUCCUCAAAUACCCUCCUGUCUGCCUUCACCCCUUCUUACUCAACACAUUGUACAAAUUUCAGUCCUCUCCCACAUACACAAACCAUCUUUUGUCCUGGCUCUGCUGUCUUCUUUUAGCAGCGCUCUUUUGUUCCCUUUACCCUCACCUGUCCAACAAGGACGUAGCUGUGAUUUUGCUAAUUUAGUCCUCUGCCCUCACAGUACCAUUCCCUGACUGUCCUCACCCCUCUGUUCCCCUGAUGGGCACCGCAUCAGACAGCAGUGCCACAUUCCCUUCAUCAUUCCUGAGAUCCUCUCUCCACCCCUAACCACCUCGCUAACGCCAACACCAACACGACCCAAUGGAGACAAAAGAUAUGAUGAUGACGAGCAUGUUGACCAAGGACAAAGGGGAGAAUGAGGGAGAAAGAGACAAAGAGAGAGAGGACGCGGGGGGAGAGGAGGAGGAGACGCAGCAAGAAAAUGGUAGACUGAUGCUGGCUGAUGGUGUUGGCCAGAGAGGACCAAAGAGUCUGACCUCCAGCUCUGGCCAGCAGGUAUCUAAUGGCUUCACCACAUCUACCCCUCAGAGCCCUCGGGAGGGGCCGGGGACGGCAGCCUCCUCAGGGGGAACGGCUUCUGGAAAUGGGUCCUCCAUGCCACUGGGAGGCCUCAGGACUCUUGUGGUCCAGCAAACGAGCUUGGACAGGCCCCGAGAAACCUGGAGCAAGAAGAUGGACUUCUUGCUGUCUGUGAUUGGCUACGCUGUGGAUUUGGGGAACGUCUGGCGCUUUCCCUACAUCUGCUACCAGAAUGGAGGAGGUGCAUUUCUGCUGCCCUACCUGUUGAUGGCAGUGUUUGGAGGGGUGCCUCUCUUCUACAUGGAGCUGGCUCUUGGUCAAUUCCACCGCAGUGGCUGCAUCUCCAUCUGGAAACACAUCUGCCCCAUCUUCAAAGGGAUAGGUUUUGCCAUCUGCAUCAUUGCCCUCUACAUAGCAUUUUACUACAACACCAUCAUGGCAUGGGCCUUGUACUACCUGUUAUCGUCAUUUCGGCCCACUCUGCCGUGGACCACCUGCACCAACGAAUGGAACACAGCCAACUGUAACCGCUACAUGUCCACCGACCACAACGUGUCAUGGUCCAACUCCUCUACCUCUCCCGCUGAGGAGUUCUAUACUCGCCAGGUGUUGCAGGUCCACCUCUCCCCAGGUCUGCACCAGCUGGGCUCUGUCAGCUGGCAGUUGGCCCUCUGCCUGCUCUUCAUCUUCACCGUCGUCUACUUCAGCAUCUGGAAGGGAGUCAAGACGUCUGGAAAGGUGGUUUGGGUCACAGCUACUUUUCCAUAUCUGGUCCUCGUGGUGUUGCUCAUCCGUGGAGCCACUCUGCCCGGAGCCUGGAGGGGCGUGGUCUUCUAUCUCAAACCUGAUUGGGACAAACUGCUGAGUACUACAGUGUGGAUCGAUGCAGCAGCUCAGAUCUUCUUCUCUCUGGGACCAGGGUUUGGCGUACUCCUCGCCUUCGCCAGCUACAACCCAUUUCACAACAACUGUUACAAAGAUGCGUUGGUCACUAGCUCUGUGAACUGUCUGACCAGCUUUCUCUCCGGUUUUGUCAUCUUUACUGUACUGGGUUACAUGGCAGAAAUGAGGCAGCAGAAUGUGGAUGAUGUGGCCAAGGAUGCCGGUCCCAGUCUGCUGUUCAUCAUUUAUGCAGAAGCCAUAGCAAACAUGCCAGCUGCCACCUUCUUUGCCAUCAUCUUCUUCCUUAUGAUCAUCAUGUUGGGUCUGGAUAGCACAUUCGCAGGGUUGGAGGGUGUGAUCACAGCUAUGCUAGAUGAGUUCCCUCAUAUCCUGGUUAAGAGACGGGAGUGGUUUGUCUUUGGUCUGGUCUGUGUCUGCUACCUUGGGGCUCUCUCCACUCUCACAUAUGGAGGAGCAUUUGUCGUGAAGCUCUUUGAGGAAUACGCGACAGGCCCUGCGGUCAUCACUGUGGUCCUGCUUGAAGUCAUCGCUGUUUCCUGGUUCUACGGUACCAACCGUUUCUGUAACGACAUCCAGGUCAUGCUUGGUUUCUACCCGGGUUGCUUCUGGAGGGUCUGCUGGGUGGCCAUCUGCCCCUGCUUCCUGUUGUUCAUCAUCAUCAGUUUCCUGGCCUUCCCUCCGGAGGUCAAGUUGUUUCACUACCAGUACCCGCAGUGGACCACCGUGUUGGGCUACUGCAUCGGGGUGUCCUCAUUCGUCUGUGUGCCUGCUUACAUGAUCUACCACCUGCUCAAUGCAAAGGGCACAUUCAGACAGCGUCUGUUGAAGAGUAUCACUCCAGAGCCCAGCAGUGAACAUCACAGGGACUUCAUUGUGACCAAUGCAGUCUGACCAAAUCCGGACCCACACAAAGGUGCCACUCUAGCUACCUAGAGAGCCCUCUUCUGGACAAACUGCAAAACUACAGGACAAGGGGGCUAUCUUUCACCGGCUUUGCCUCUUUUCAUACAUCCCACCCAUAUCCGGAAUUAGAAGUGGUUUUAUUUAGUUUGAUGUAGAUCUGUUUGGUUCUUUCUGCUGAGUUCUCCAAUGUUAUAAUCCAGAGUCCAAUCACCACACACUUUUCCACUCAGCGUAAACUUUCACUUUAGGUUUUAGAGCCACAACAACAUUUAGGAUUUUACGGUUAUAUAAAAUGCGAUAAAGUUUUUGUUCAUCUGCUCAAGGCGUACAUACUGUUAAAGCACUACAUGAUGUCAGUAGACUUACAUUAGUAAUGUCCAUUCCACGCUCACUGUCUAUGGUUGUAUUUUUAUACAAUGCUGUUAAGUUAUGCAUUUGAAUAUGUAGCAAAAUUCAGGUAUCUUUUUACAUCUGUUACUGAAGCCAAAUAUAUAAUGUUUUACUCUGUUUUACUCAUAUUUUUUUAAUGAUGUUUCAAUAUUGUAGUUGGCGUAAUGUGUUGACUGUCAGCCUUUGUUUUUGGUUUUGUUUUUGGUGGACAAAAAGAUGGAUUUACUUUGAGUUCUCUACACUGUGAAACACUAUCUAGUAGUGAUACAAAUGUGUAUGACUGAGUGUGUGAAACUGUUAAACAUGGAUCACAGACAGAACCAACUUUGCGUUUUCAUCACAUAACUGCAAUAUGGGACACGUAUGUAUUUUGUAGAUUACUAUUGCUGUAAUUUUGACUUUCUUCACUGUAUCUUGUGAUAUAAUCCUUGUUUAAUCCCAGUCAAACUGCAUAACUGUCAGUAAUAGAAACCAAAUAUGGAUCAGAGCUAAUAACACCAUCACUGUUCUAGUCUGAAAAUCAACAUCACUGCUUUACUUUCUACCAAAAAUAAGUGUGUUUGUGUGUACGCGCAUGUGCCUAUGUGUGUGAUCCAACUGUGUGUGUGUGUGUGUGUGUGUGAGUGUGAGUGUGUAGGAGCAGGAGUUAAAAUAUGGCGAGUACUGUACAUCUACAUGUGUAUUUACUAGUCAGUAUGGUAUUGGUGUAAUCUAUUUUGUGAAUACCUGUCUCCUUCCUCCAUGGACGUGUGAAUAAGUGAGUGUCUCGUGCGAGUGUGUGCACUUUGGGUAGUGUGUCGGUGCACGUAGGAGUGUCGGUAUGCUUGGCUGUGCAGGGUUGGAUGUGUUCACCCCUUUUACGUGUGCAUGCUGUGACGUGUGAAUACUGUACGUUAACUGUGUGUCUGUAUUGUAAUCUCCUGGUGUCUUGUUAACUGCCAAAAUAUCUUAUGAAGGAAGUACAUUCCCCUUUUGCCUCACACUCCCUCUCUCUCUCGUACCUCUGAAGCUUAUGUAAAAUCUAUGUAUGUCAAAAAAAAAAGACUGUAUUGAAGAAUACACCUGUAUAGAAUAAAGAUAUAUA